AUGUCACGAAGUCGAAUUGAAGAAUUGAAACGAAACGUCGAAAAACUCGAAGCUGAACUGAAGGCAAAAGACGCGAUAAUUUCAGAAGCUGUUGCCACAUAUUCUGCUCUGCCACCCCAUCCUGACAACUACGCUUUGAUUGAGUCUGUACUUGGGGUCUCUUUGAAACCAAGGUUUUCUGAGGAAACGGCAAUUCAGUGCACUAUUCAGUCAACUUUCAUAUAUGAUAAUUUCUUAUGUAUUGCCUUGGAAAUCAAUAAUUUAAGUUCUUCAAAGGCCGUCAUUUCUGCAGUUUGUCUUCCUGCUUCCUCAGAAGAUGCUUGCUGCUUUGAAACCAAUGCUGUUACUUUCAGUGGCUUAGUUCCGAGGGAUUCGAUUGAAGACCACUCUCAAUGCAGAGUAAUGGUGACCUGUUCAAAAAAUAUCCUUCUGGAAAGUGAAGUGUUUUUGGUUGUUGAGUUUUUGUUAAUUGACGCAAAAUCUACUGUGGACGUUAGGCUGAUGUCAGCUUUCCCACUGCCCCUUUCUGAUAAACAUGGAGUACAGUUGUAUCAAACCAUAUUCACUUCUUAUUCUUCUCGUGGAUCAAAAGUAUCUGCUAGCCAACUGCGUACAGCACUUCGCUCUAUAAAUUCUUUCAUCUCGGUGGACUUUGGUGAUUGGGCGCUUGUAGUGGGAGCUACCUCAUCUAUUUAUUAUGGAUUCGCAGCUUUCUGCGCGUUUUCUGACUACUGUAAUGUAAAACCGAGUUGCCGCAUUUUUACAAGGAAUCUUACUGAUUUGGACCGUUUCGAAAAGUUUUUGGAAGCCGCCAUUCAUGAAUCUUUGCGAAAAUCAGAACUGUAG